UUUUAUUAUACACAGCAGUCGAAGUGGUUGGUCGGCUAAAGCCCUGUCUAUCAAUAGCUUAUUUACAAUUGGAAAUUUAUCAUAUAAAUUACAUUUACUAAGUUACGUAUUCAAUCACAAUGAAAGAAGAAUACAAGAAUUCGUGGUAUUGCACGUUCGUCCUCAACGCGUCCAUAUUUCCUACCGCUUUUAUGAUCGCUUAUUCGAUAGCAUGCCUAAAUCCACUGGUUCCGGUAAUUCAUCGCAUCUACAACUCAACGUAUGAAAAACAACAUGCCGAUGCUCUGCCUGACGACACGUGGACUCUUUUGCUGACUCUAACGAUGUCGAUGUUGAUGAUUGGUGCUUUUGUUGGAUCUAUGGUUUUCAAAAUAUUGUUGAGUUAUUUGACAAGAAAACAAAUCUUGAUCAUAACCCAUGUUUGUGCGGGGACUGGAUACCUGAUUGUUGCAGUUGGAACAGGAAAAUGGGGAUCGUAUGAGGCUUUUAUUAUUGGUCGAUUUGUUACGGGACUCGCGCUUGGGCUCGGUUUGAGCGUAACACCAUUAAUUUUCAACGAAUCUUGCGUUCCGCAUCGUCGCACAUUUUACAGCAGUGUUUGGGGGACAGCUCUUUCAUCAGGAGUGCCAAUCGGAAUCUUUUUUGCGUGGCCAAAGAUAUUUGGCACAGAUGAGCGAUGGCUGGGAGUAUUAAUCGUGUGUAUGUUCUUUUCAAUCGUUCAUAUUAUAUGCUCAUUCUGGAUUGUAGAAACUCCUCUACAGGCGUAUAUUUUGCAUGGAGAAGGAAGAGCCUUGACCGUUCUUCGAAAACUGCGAUGUGGGACAGAGACCGAUUUGGACAAUGAGCUGAAGGAUCUAGUCGCAGAUGGCGCCUCAGAUGACAAUGCAAGCUCAGUUGCCACAUUCAAGGAAGUGAUAACAACUCCACAAUACAGACGACAUUUUAUUGGAGCUGUUUUGGCAUAUUCUGUCAUAAUGGCUAGCGGAGUAAACAAUAUUUUCUUCUACUCUGAUCAGAUUCUCUCUAACGCUGGAUUGGAUUCUGAAACAGUGACUCCUGCUACUUUGGGAAUCAUGGUCGUUGGGCCAAUAACAUCUGUUGUAUUGACGGUAUUUGUUAAUCGAGGAGCCGAACCACGAAUGAUUAUGAUAGUCGGAUGCACGAUCAUGAUUUUUGGAGAUGCGUUUAUAACUGCAUGCUUGGCAACUUAUGAGAAAGUGCCAGCCAUGUCCACAGCCGCAAUUGCUGCAGUAUGCGUCUUCUACUUCGGAUUUGCAAUGAUUAAUAUUAUCGCCUAUGUAAUGUUUGGAGCAAUAACUAUUGACAGAACUAGGCCUGUCUGUAUCAACGUUGGAGCAGCAUCUUUGUGGUUUUUCGCGUGGUUAGUGGGCUUCAUAGCUCCCUAUUUCGAGAUAUGGAUUGGACCGUAUGGCUUCCUGGUCUGGAUGGUGUUGACUAUCUUUGUCCUGGUCUACUCGAUAUUUUUUAUUCCGAACGUCGCAGGGAGGACACCAGAUCAAAUUCAAGCAUUUUACAAAACCGGCCUCACAACAUCCGCAAGUUCUGUUCCCCUGGAUCCGGAACUUUAAUACACAUGCGAAAAUAUAUUUGCAAGAUCUUGUGAUCAUGCCAAUUGUAGACAAAUGUUUAUUAAAAAUGUAUACAAUAUAAAUGUAGGUGAAAGAAAAAAUUAUUUUGCAGAAAAUAGCAUUAUCAAGAUAAAUAAUGGAAUUUAUUGUUAUUUUUUGAUUUAUCCUAUCUUUGCAUUCACUACACGCCUCGAUCUGUUUGGAACUUGACUGUACAAGGAACGAAUGGUUUCUUCCGACAUUUUGUCAUCAAUCCAUGCUUUUUAGAGCAGUUGUUCUCAACCUGAGGCUUCAUCACCACUAGUGGCACGCAAGCAGAUUUGAAUUAUUGCAACAAUUAAUUUUGUAUUCGUCGAACAGCGUUUAUAGCGCUACCAAUGCUUGUCUUUAAAGAUCGCCUUUGUCCGUUGCUGUCCACCAAAAAACGUAACGGGCAUGUUUUCGCCGUUAUGCAUGUUACGUCACAAUGCAUCUGCAUUAAUAAAUCGGCAAAUGAGGGAGAGUUCGUGAUAGCGGAUAACACUGAUCAAAGUUCAUUCGUCCGAGGUUUCGGAUAAUUUAGUGAUUAUGAUAAGACUUAUUGUGACACAACGCGCAAAAUGGCAAAAACAUGCCCGUUCCGUUUUUUCGUGCAUGGACAGUAACGGGCGAGGGCGAUCUCCAAAAGACAAGAACCGGUAGCGCUAUAAACGCUGAUUAGCGAAUACAAAAGUUAAUUGUUGCAAUAAUUCAAAGCUGCUUACGUACCCCUUGAAAAGCUUCCGUGUAGAACUAGUGGUGUGCGUAACUCAGAUUGGGAACAAAUGCUCGAAGGCAUAGAUUGAUGACUUGUUGGGCAAAAUUUCAGAAGACCCCCGUACGUGCCUCAUGCGGUCAAGUUCCAAUCAGAUACGUGUAGUGAAGGCAAAGGGAGGAUAUAACAAAAAAUAACAAUGAAUUAUAUUAUUUAUUUCAUAAUACUAUUUUCUGCAAAAUAUUUUUUUUUUUUACAUUUAUAUUGUAGAAAUUUUAAUAAACAUUUGUCUGAUUACUACAAUUGGUCUGAUCACCCUGUACAUUUUACAAGAAUUAUGAUAUUAUGGUUGUUGGUGGUUAAUAUUUCAACUCAAAAUAUAUGUAGAGUUGAUUUCUUUCUGCCACUUCCAGUAAAAUUUGGCCUGUGAAAUAAUAGAAAUGUUAAAUACAUCUAUAUAUUACAUUACACGAUUAAAUAUAAUUGUUAAUUAUAAGUUAUAACACACUUA